AUGUACUCUAAAAACUUAAACAAAAUCACGUACCAAUUAAGAAUCAAUUUGUAUAAAAAGUGGGCCAAAUUCAGUUAAAGUAAGUUAGUUCACUUGGACUUGAUUACUUAUAACUUUUAAACAUGAAAUUCUUUGUUGCCCUUGCUGCAUUUUGCGCUGUAGUUGUUUUGGCUUCAGCUGCACCAAAUCCAAAUCCUAUCUUAGGAUAUGGUGGUUUGGGAUAUGGAGGCUUAGGAUACGGAGGCUUGGGAUACGGAGGCUUGGGAUAUGGAGGUUUGGGUUAUGGAGGUUUGGGAUAUGGAGGUAUUUCACCUGUAAUCAGUUCGCCAUAUCUAGGAUCACCCUCGAUUGCACUUAAUCAAGCCUCACAAGCUACAGCAUCAGCUCAAGCUGGUGCUUCUGCUGGAAGUUCUCUUGGACUUGGUGUAGGAUACCCCUACGGUGGCUAUGGAUUCAUAUAAAAUGCACGAUGCUUUUAAAUAAUUGCAAAGCAAAAAAUAAACCAUGCUUUAAAGCAAUUAA